CCAUAGAUAAUAUUGUUAUCAUGUUCAACAAAACGAGGUCAACAUUUAGAAUUUAACAUGUACAUGAGCGAGCAAAGGGGAGAUAAGUCAACCGGUCAUUUUUGUGAUGAUUCACUGGUGAUAAUUGGCUUUAGAAGGAAAUUUUAUAAACUAAAACUGCAUGUCGGUGCAAAUUAAGUAAUUGACCUGGAGAUGGUCAAAUAUUUGACACCGAUACACGAUGGAAUAUAAAGGUAUAAGGUUGGCAAUUGACAAUGACGGAUUAGCCAUUGUAACGAUGUGUAACAGAGAUAAUAAAUUUACCAUGGAUUAUGUUAAAACAUGGAAUAAAGUACUGGACGACAUAGAAAAAAAUGAAAAUAUAACAGGAAUGAUUACAGUUGGCGAGGGAAGAGCUUUCAGUACAGGUCUAGAUAUCAAUUGGUUAAAAUCACAAAGUCCGACCACUCUUGAUGUGUAUCACGAUGAGCUUCAUAAGCUUUAUAAACGUAUUAUCUCCCUUGGAAUGACAACUGUUGCUGUAAUUAACGGACACGCCAUAGCUGAAGGCGCCUUCAUGGCUCUAAUGCAUGACUACAGAAUCAUGAGGAAGGACCGGGGCUGGAUCAACUGGCCAGAGGUGCAUUUAAAACUACCAUUCACCAAAACCAUGCUCGAUCUUUUCCGUGUCAAAGUACAGAACGGAGCUGCAGUCCGCGAAGCUUUGGUAUUUGGCAAGCGUCUAGACGCCGAGACUGCCAAGUCUUUAGGUAUUGUUGAUGUAACCGCAACAGAAGAAAACAUGAUGAGUAAAGCGAAAGAAACUAUAAAGUAUGCACUCGGAAAAGUAUCGGUGACACGAGGAUUUUUUAAUGAUAUGAAAAGUGAUAUGUAUAAUAGUUUUGUGGUACAAGAAAAACUUGCCGGCAAAUUGUGAUAUUGUGUAUGACAGACUUCCUAAAACCUACAGAAUUUCACAAGUAAAAUAUGCCACGAUAUUUGAACCUGUGAAGCAGAUACAAAGCCGAACAGGAGAAAAGAUAAAAAAAGAGGAUUGUUCGUAACCUUACGUUGCUAUUUUUAUAUACAUCAAAGGGAAAUAACCCUUAAAAGAACAAAGUCAUGCUAUAAGGGAUAUUCUCCCUUGAAGUUUCAAGCCGUUAGCAUGAACUUUAUAUAAUAAAAGACAAUAAUUCAAAGGUUCUGAAGUGAACAGUUAGACACUACUCCUCUGUCAAAUAUACCCACCAAUGAAGUUUCUUGCAAUACUUUGAAUAUUCAGCGUGAAUUUCAUAUUGAUAUGAGAUAUAGCCUGAACAAAAAUUAGAUGAGAAAACAAACAAAAGAAAAGUUAAAAUAAUGAAAUAAAGAGUUAAUAUUCUCGUCAUCUACACUUCUCA